UUUCAAACGUCACUUUAUGUCAGUGUCAGAAGAAGGUCUCAACAAUUUUUGUCAUAAUCAAACACUAUACACUAAAGUGACGUGGACUGUAAAUAAAUUCAAAGAACAAUCGAAAUGGAUGGAACAUUACUGGAACCUACGCUAUUUACGGUGAAGGCGAUGUGCAUUUUGGACAAUGACGGCAAUCGCAUCCUAGCCAAGUAUUACGAUAAGAAUGUGUUUCCCACCGUCAAGGAGCAGAAAACAUUCGAAAAGAAUCUAUUCAACAAAACACAUCGUGCCAAUGCAGAGAUCAUAAUGCUCGAUGGCCUCACUUGCGUCUACAAGAACAAUGUGGAUCUAUUCUUCUAUGUGAUGGGCAGCACACAUGAGAACGAGCUCAUAUUGGUAUCGGUGCUGAAUUGUCUGUACGAUUCGGUUAGUAUGAUCUUAAAGAAGAACGUGGAAAAGCGUGCCGUUUUGGAUAAUUUGGACAUUGUGAUGCUGGCUUUCGACGAGAUUUGUGAUGGAGGAAUAAUAUUAGAUGCCGAUCCAUCGUCGGUUGUAAAGCGUGUGGAUCUACGUAACGAUGACAUUCCAAUUGGUGAACAGACUGUAGCACAGGUUUUGCAAAGCGCAAGAGAUCAACUGAAAUGGUCGCUAUUGAAAUGAGGAACUGCGGUCCGUUGUGUUUACUGUAUUUUUUAUUGAACUUUAAAUUCGCAAAUAAAUUAUGAGAAAAAGUACCAAAAACAA